CAACUUUGCCCUGGGUCACAUGGUGCAGAGCUGCACCCCUACCCGUGUCAUGAAUGCCCUGCUGGUCGGUGGGCUGAGCCACCGUAACGCUGCGGUGAGGAGCUGCACUGCUCAGCACCUGGAGAGACUGGCUGAGGUCAUGGGGAUGGCUCGUCUCCUGUCGGGGAAGAAAGACCUCACUGACCGUUUCUUGAUUGCCGUCAGUAAACUGGCUGUGGACCCUGCACAGGAAGCCAGGCAUCAUGGUCGCAAUAUCUUGAGAAACCUGGCCACCAAUAGCGACUUUGCUAAAAUGUGGGCCAAAUUCGCUCCGAGGAAAGAGCGAGAAUCCUUGAGGGAGGUCAUCUCAAAGGUUAACCUCAAAGAAAGGAAUAUCUGAAUAAUCCCCAACUUGACUAUAUAUUUGUAUCUAAAUAUUUGAACAUUUCCCAACUUGACUAUUAUCCCCUCCGGUCCCCAAACUCCAAUAUUUUCACUCAUUCUAAGAAAUGUGACACUAUCAUCCAACCUCCCAUGUAAAUGCAUCUUUAAACUGCAUUGACUCCUUGUCCAAGUCCUGAAUCCACUAUAAGGCAAUAUGAACCACAUUCAAAGCACUAUAUUACCUUUCCUCGAAGCUCCUAUCUGAUCUACCAGCUCAAUAGUGGUCUACUGAAACCAUACUCACCAUCUCAGGGGGUGCUCAGAUCAUCAACCACUGACCUCCACACCAUCCUCAAAACCAGCAGUCCUCUUUUGGAGGACAGUGCUCCUGUAUGGCACCAACAUUGUGAAUUUUCAUCCAUUACUUCUGGACUAUGAGAACAUUCUUUGGACAAUAAAAUUUGGUAAAAUGGAAGCUGCCUACAGUCUCAGUUUUAUCCUCCAAGACAGUGUGAGGAUGUGUAACAACAAUACCUGUGGUUUAACUUGAUGACCAUGGCCAGAUUACCGAAUGGGCACGCAGGGCACCUGCCCUGUGGGCCCGACCUCCAGGGAAUAUCAUCAUAUCAUCCAAAACUAAAAGUAUAGUGGAUGUAUAUUACAGUACGUGGACGUUUUACAAUUCGUGAGCUCGUUUCAUAGUUUGUAGCCAUGUUUUAUAUAAAUUUGUGCUCAUUUUGGUAGAAAUUCGUGAGCAUUUAAAAAAAUAGAGU